UCCUAGGAAUUUCUGGGAAGCAGGAGAAGGAAAUGAGCAGCAGGCAGAGGAACAUUUGAGGAUCAAGCACCUGUUGUGGCUGGAGCCCAAGUUUAUUUACAGCAAAGGGAAAUGACAAAGGGGCAGUCUCAGUCUCAGCUUCAAAAGAACAAACGUGCACUCAAAACAAAGGAAGACGUCCUCAGCUGCAGAGGAAGCAGGAAGCUGCUGGCCUACUCUGAGCCCAGCUGCUGGAACCUGGGGUCAGCAGGAUGGAGUCGGUGGCCCUGUACAGCUUCCAGGCCACAGAGAGUGACGAGCUGGCCUUCAACCAGGGCGACACACUCAAGAUCUUAAACAUGGAAGAUGACCAGAACUGGUACAAGGCGGAGCUCCGGGGUGCCGAAGGGUUUAUCCCCAAGAACUACAUCCGCAUCAAGCCCCACCCGUGGUACCUGGGCAGGAUUUCCCGGCAGCUAGCUGAAGAGAUUCUGAUGAAGAGGAACCAUCUGGGAGCCUUCCUGAUCCGGGAGAGUGAGAGUUCCCCAGGAGAGUUCUCCAUCUCUGUGAACUACGGGGACCAGGUGCAGCACUUCAAGGUGCUGCGAGAGGCCUCAGGAAAGUACUUCCUAUGGGAGGAGAAGUUCAACUCUCUCAAUGAGCUGGUCGACUUCUACCGCACGACCACCAUUGCCAAGAAGCGGCAGGUCCUCCUGCGUGACGAGGAGCCCCUGUUCCAGCCCCCCCGGCUCUGCUUUGCCCAGGCCCAGUUUGACUUCUCAGCUCAGAACCCCUCUCAGCUCAGCUUCCGGCGAGGUGACAUCAUCGAGGUCCUGGAGCGCCCGGACCCCCACUGGUGGCGGGGCAGGUAUCACGGGCAUGUGGGCUUCUUCCCACGGAGCUAUGUACAGCCUGUCCACCUGUGAUCCCUGUCCAGAGAGAGGACAUGGCCAUCCCCACAUUGCAUCACACAGGACUCAGCAGAAGGCCUUGGAAUGUACAUGGGUUCCUAACUGUCUCCAACUACUUGGCACAAACCAGGUUGGCCCCCAGCGCCCCAGAACUGCAGCUAUGUUUA